AUGGCCAGGGCGGCCACCCUCUCACACAGCCUAUCACUCGCUCUCGCUCUCGCGUACCCAUGCCCUGACCCCUCCUGUCCAAAAGUUAUUCGCACACGCCGAUCAGCCGCGUUUUGGAACUUGCCCUCAAACGCCUCAGCCGCUUCAUCUCAGUCGUCCACGUCGUCGUGGGAGAGAGCAGGCUUCAGGCAUGCAAUGUGUAUAUUCGCAUCCAAACCAUAUCCAUCCAUGAAUCCUGACGACAAAACAAAAGGGCCAUGCAUCAUGGAUCACGUCCAAAUCAAAGGGAGUAUCUGCUGCGAUGCCAGAUCAGGCUACCAUGCAGGUACACGAAUGCUUGACUGGGGCCCAUGCUCGCCAUCUCCACCAAUCCACACGGGCACCGCGUGCCUGGCGAUGAGUAAACACACACACAGACACCUCAUGAUUGCUAUCACCACCCUCACCUCUAUCCCGAACUGGUUCGCUCCAAGUAUCGUCCCCUUAGUCAAGCAGGCGGCACAACGCUGCAUCCGAACAGGCACAAUCCCCAGGCGACCACUAUGCAACCACUGCCACUGCCACUGCAACGCUGCUCUCGUCGACCCAAGCAGCGACUGCGCUCAGCUUGCCCCAAGAAGCACCCCUGCACUAGCGCCGCUGCUUCGGGCCUGGCGCUCAUCACCUUGCAUACACCAAAUGUUAUUACAUUCGCUGGCUUCAUUGUCCACGGGCUGGAUACCACAUUACGCCAUGCGCCUCUUCACGCACCACAUACCUCUUGCUCGCAUCUUGUGUAAUCUCGGCAUCAAGCCAGUAGACAAUCAGACAGCAAUACCCGUGAGACAAACAACCCCCCCAGCCCCGUUUCACUUUGAACAAGACGUCCACCAACCGCCAACUCUGAAUCCGUUUCAGUACGGCGCGCACGUGUCUGUACUUGGACAACUCCACAAUGCCACUGUGUACUGCAAUGCCAGCCCCGCUCCCGUCAUCGUCAUCGCCACGUAA